AUACUACACAAACUAUUCAACAAUUGUACAUGCCCUGAUAAAUUAUAAUAAGAAUAAGACUCCAAUAAAUAUCUUAGCCAAAUAAUAAUAAUUUUAAUAAUAGUAACGUUUUCUCUACGUGUAUGUCGUUUCUAUUCUAAUUAUGUUAGGGACUAAUUUAUUACUUUUAAAUUAGGAAUGAAUCCGGUAAAGCAGACUGUGCAGCGGAAGGUUACCUCCCCAAGAGCUCGCUAUAAGAACGCUUAUCGAGUGAGUCGGUCUGGUAUAACUGGAAGCUGCGUGUUUGUGGGUCGUGUGCUCUCAGGUGUUGAAGAGAUGCAGACGGAGCGUGCAAAGAGGAUGGACUCUGCAGGAGAAGAAGCGUCCCUGAAUUCACCUGAGCUGCCCUGGAACCAGCUGUAUUUGAAAAGAAGGACCGAGUCCAGGAUCCAGUUAAGGAGGAGAGUGUGCUUCACUGGCCCUGCUGCUGCUGCUGUUACCGGGGUAUUGGCAAUCCUCAUACUGGCUGCUGGCAGUGUGAGCAGCGACAGUGAGUUUGUGAAAGUCUUGCGCUCAGUGAAGUGUACGGAGGGGCAGGACUGUAUCCUGAGCUGCACCUUCUACUACACAACUGGACACUGGGAUGAGAGGUCAGGUGUGAUCUGGAGACAAGCAGAAACGGGGCGCAUUGUUCACAGUUACCAUGACAACACAGACCAGCUUGCCGAUCAGCUCCCUCAGUAUGUGAGCAGGACCGUCCUGUUUGAUUCUGAGCUGCAGCGCGGGAACGCUUCACUGCUGCUGAGGAGAGUCAGGGAGGGAGAUGCUGGAGAAUACAAGUGCUCUGUUUACACUCUUAGACUGUACGGGUCGGGCCUGACUGAGGUAGUCGUGGUUCCGGCUCCACCCACAACAGCACCAGCUCAUGUGACAGUCCCGAGCUCUGACCGACACGCCUGGUGGGUUUCAGGAGCAGUUCUUCUUUGUGUGAUUGCAGGGCUCUGUGUCGGUCUGUGGCUCUAUAAAAAACAUGCAGGUCACAGCUGGAAGUCCAGCAAGGCUUCUAGUCCAGCACAGGCAGUGCCGUUAUCAGACGUGAUCGAGGAGCCCAGUGAAGUCAGACCACUCCCCUGCACUGCUCAAUUUACCCAGUUUAAUACAAGCUCCCAAAACGAAAUACAGUGUAACCCCGUUAAUGUCCCCUUGGUUAAUAUCCCAACCCGCUUAUUAUCAUGGUUUUUUUAAAACCACUUGCCACUCCCCAUAGGUUUCUAUGUUAAAUUAACUCUUUUAAUAUCACUAGGAACCCCGCUUAUUAUCCCCUUUUUGAGUCGUCUACCAAAGCUGUGCAGAUGAGGAGUACUGUUUUAAAUAAAUUAUUUAACCAAUGAUACUAUCCCUAGAUUAUUAAACUCUGUGUAAACACUAUCACAAGCGGUACUGGAAGGACGUUACUUCAGAAAGUCACACACCUUCAAAAUGUUGGUUAAACUGGCUUUGGCUACAUAACUAG